AUGGCUGAGGCAAGAUCUUCGAUGCCACCUCAUGAGCUGCACGAGGAUGAUCCGUUGUCGGAGCCUUUUAUGACUUUGCUUAAAGGUAACAGUAUUUUUUUUGGAAAAUUUCAGGAGAGGGAUCCCCAGAGGUUCUACAACCACGACAAAAAGUUUGUCGCUCUCGCGCAGCCUGGCGAGUCGUUGUUCCAGGAUGCACUCGCAACUUCUGGGCUGAGGGACCUCUGUCAGGUUGGCUUCCAUACAAUCCAUAAUGGGAUGCUGAUGGCAUUUGCAGAGAGGUGGCAUCUAGGGACUUCGUCUUUUCAUCUUCCUCACGGUGAGAUAACCAUUACUCUUCACAUCAUUGCAUUCCUCCUGCAUCUCCCUAUAAGGGUUACCCUCCUUAGUCACGGUAGGCUGACGAAGGAGGAAGUGAUGGAGAUGCUGAUUGAGGAGUUGGGGGUUGAUCCUACUGACGCGCUUGAGGAGGUGGAGAGGACUCGCGGGACGCACAUGAGAUUUCACUCCUUGCAGCGGAUAUAUGAUGCGGAGCUUCUUGCGGCACAUUAG